AUGGGAAGACGGAUAUGGCUAGAGCCAUGGCUUGCUAGUGGUCUUUUGAGGGGAGAAAGGAGUAUGGGGCUUAUGGGAAGAGUGAUAUGGCUGGAGCCAUGGCUUGCUAGUGGUCUUCUGAGGGGAGAAAGGAGUAUGGGGCUCAUGGGAAGAGGGAUAUGGCUGGAGCCAUGGCUUGCUGGGGGGGAGAAAGGAGUUGCUUAUGGGAAGAGGGAUAUGGCUGGAGGCAUGGCUUCCUGGUGGUCUUCAAGGGGAGAAAGGAGUAUGGGGCUUAUGGGAAGAGGGAUAUGGCUGGAGCCAUGGCUUGCUGGUGGUCUUCUGAGGGGAGAAAGGAGUAUGGGGCUUAUGGGAAGAGGGAUAUGGCUGGAGCCAUGGCUUGCUAGUGGUCUUUUGAGGGGAGAAAGGAGUAUGGGGCUUAUGGGAAGAGUGAUAUGGCUGGAGCCAUGGCUUGCUAGUGGUCUUCUGAGGGGAGAAAGGAGUAUGGGGCUUAUGGGAAGAGUGAUAUGGCUGGAGCCAUGGCUUGCUGGUGGUCUUCUGAGGGGAGAAAGGAGUAUGGGACUUAUGGGAAGAGGGAUAUGGCUGGAGCCAUGGCUCACUAGUGGUCUUCUGCGGGGAGAAAGGAGUAUGAGGCUUAUGGGAAGAGGGAUAUGGCUGGAGCCAUGGCUUGCUAGUGGUCUUCUGAGGGGAGAAAGGAGUAUGGGGCUUAUGGGAAGAGGGAUAUGGCUAGAGCCAUGGCUUGCUAGUGGUCUUCUGCGGGGAGAAAGGAGUAUGGGGCUUAUGGGAAGAGUGAUAUGGCUGGAGCCAUGGCUUGCUGGUGGUCUUCUGAGGGGAGAAAGGAGUAUGGGGCUUAUGGGAAGAGGGAUAUGGCUGGAGCCAUGGCUUGCUGGGGGGGAGAAAGGAGUUGCUUAUGGGAAGAGGGAUAUGGAUGGAGCCAUGGCUUCCUGGUGGUCUUCAAGGGGAGAAAGGAGUAUGGGGCUUAUGGGAAGAGGGAUAUGGCUGGAGCCAUGGCUUGCUAGUGGUCUUCUGAGGGGAGAAAGGAGUAUGAGGCUUAUGGGAAGAGGGAUAUGGCUGGAGCCAUGGCUUGCUAGUGGUCUUCUGUGGGGAGAAAGGAGUAUGGGGCUUGUGGGAAGAGUGAUAUGGCUGGAGCCAUGGCUUGCUGGUGGUCUUCUGAGGGGAGAAAGGAGUAUGGGGCUUAUGGGAAGAGGGAUAUGGCUGGAGCCAUGGCUCACUAGUGGUCUUCUGCGGGGAGAAAGGAGUAUGAGGCUUAUGGGAAGAGGGAUAUGGCUGGAGCCAUGGCUUGCUAGUGGUCUUCUGUGGGGAGAAAGGAGUAUGGGGCUUGUGGGAAGAGUGAUAUGGCUGGAGCCAUGGCUUGCUGGUGGUCUUCUGCGGGGAGAAAGGAGUAUGGGGCUUAUGGGAAGAGGGAUAUGGCUGGAGCCAUGGCUUGCUAGUGGUCUUCUGCGAAGAGAAAGGAGUAUGGGGCUUAUGGGAAGAGUGAUAUGGCUGGAGCCAUGGCUUGCUGGUGGUCUUCUGAGGGGAGAAAGGAGUAUGGGGCUUAUGGGAAGAGGGAUAUGGCUGGAGCCAUAG